AGCUUAUGCUCAAAUAAAUUUGUUAGUCUCUAAGGUGCCACAAGUACUCCUUUUCUUUCAGCUGGACUUGGACUUGCAGACCAAGAUGAAUGAAAGGAGGCCAAAGACACUCCAACAGGCUCUGGGCUUAGUCACAGAGAGUGAAACUUUUCUUGGAGCAGUGCACCAGAAGAGGAAGCAGCUUAACAUAAAGAUUCAAAUAGAAGCAAAUACAGGGACUAGAAACACAUGGCUACAGGCAAAAGAAAAAUAUAAAAUGCAAUCUAGAGCCUAUGCUUAUUCAUAAAUUCCUUUCCCAUCUAAGAAGGUAUUUCUCACCCAAUGGCCAGUCCAUACAGUGCUUGUGAAGUUGAUAAAGCUGGAAUCCAACUUUCACAAGACACUCCUGCUGGCCCAGUGUUGCCUCUGUAAUAGCUACCAUCUUGUGUCCUUCUUUUUCCUUUUAUACAGUUCCAGAGAGUCUCUUUUCAUAACCUGGGUGGCUUUUACAACUUCAUUUUGCCCACAAGGGUCCCCCUAUUCAAGGUCAUUUUCUUGAGUUCUUUUGUGCUUUGUAAAGGCCCAAGUCUGCACCUUGUCUAGAGUGUGAACAGCUGGCUGGGCUGGGUCAAAAGAUGUCACUUGUUCUCACUUGACUGAAUUAGCUGCAAUAACCAUGACGAUUGGAGAAUUUUUAGAUUUUGGCACAGACUAAAUGUGGCCCUCUUGGGUGAAAUCUUGAAGAUGUUGAUCACAGGGUAAACAUGCCUGUUUAGACAAGUCCCUGAGAAUAGACUUGUACCUAUGUACCUCCAUCAGUUGCCAACAUGGGGCAUCCAGGUCACACGUACUCAGUACUUUUAAGCCAGCCUCAUGAUUUUUUGGGGCCCGACUCGUUAAUUUUUGAACACUUGAGGUUGGCAAUAUGGGGUUUGCACCUGUGCAGCUACUUCGCUGUUGUUACCCCAGUUGCCAUAAACCUCAGCAUAGACCCAACUUCUCAGAGAGACAUGUACAAUCGCAGGACCGUCUUAGAGAAGUGAGACAGCUGAGAAAUCUGGAAACUCCAAAUUGAAGAAUUGGCCAGGGAGCCUCAGGGUUUCAUUUUCAACAGUGGCAAAAGAAAGAAGGUCCCUGCACUAUCUUGGAGAAACCAGAUUGUUGUGACAAGAGAUUCACCUGCUGAGGGAACCAGGUGGACAAUGAGGAUUCUCCCUGUUUUGUUUUGGAUUCUUCUCAAAGGAUGUUGGGCUUUGAUUGCCCCUCAGGAGGCAAGAGGUCCCCAGGGCGGAGAGCUCACUGUACAGUGUUGGUAUGGCAGAGGCUAUGAGAAUUAUAUUAAAUACUGGUGCAGAGGAACAACUUGGACAUCCUGCCUCAUAGUUGUUACGACAGGGUCAGAGGCAAAGGUGGAGAGCAACAGAGUAUCCAUCAAAGACAUUCACACUUUCUGCACAUUCAUAGUGACCAUGAAAAACCUCACAGAGGGAGAUUCUGGGACUUACUGGUGUGGAAUAGACAGACUGGGAGUGGAUCUCAUGUUCUCUGUGAAAGUGAAUGUUCUUCCAGCUGUUCCUGCCUCACCGCCACCAGCACCAACGAGAGACACAACAGUUCACGUGGCCUCCACUGAGUCUCCUUUCAGAGGGACUGCCCCUGAAGUGGCUGAAUCAAGCUCCACCAUUCACAGCAGCAACCCUCCUGCAGGUACAACAGACCCAGUCCUCCAUAUCCUGACACCAUGCAUCCUGCUGGUUCUACUUGUGAUUUUGCUCACUGCUGUACUGUUUAGAAGGAUGUCGCAGAGGAGACACAAAGCCCUUGAGGGAUUGCCUGGACAAAGGGAAAAGAAUUUACAUCCCUAUCGGCUGGUACCUGGAAACACCCCAUCAUCCUUUGUUACCAGUGAACCUGCAGCCUCUUGUAAGGCAGCCAUCUGCAUGACGAUGGAGGAGACACCCAACUCGGCAGAUGAUGAGGCUGUCUAUGAAAAUGCCAUACAUGAGACCCAGGCUUCAAGAUCGACAGAAGAGGUUGUUCCUGGCACAAUGAAAUUUCCAACCUCGCUUCAGCGGACCACCUGUGCCAAUAUGAAUCCAAACACACGCAGUAGGACAUCCCCCUCUCGUCCUCAAGGAAAGCGUGGGAAAAAAAAUACUGGAUGAAGCUCAAUGCUCUUGGAACAUUCCCCCUCCUACUGUUUGAAUUUUUAGCAGCUUGUUCUCAUUUCCCUGCAGUUACAUAGAAGCUUUCAGAUUCAUGUUCCUCCAUUAUUCUUCUUAUGGCAGGUUCCCCCUGUACUGAGAUGCUAGUGAUGGUGCUGCUUGUGUCCCAUUCCCAGCAAGACUGUUUUCACAGAUUUACUUACCUGUCAGUGCUUCUCGUUCUUCACCUCAACUUGAAACAGAACAUAUUCCUGGUGGCUUCACCUUCUGGAUGACUGGGAGCAUUUCUAGAAGGACUUUGUAUGGGUCUGCAGGUUUAGCACACUCCCCCUAUGUCCACCAGAAUUUUUGUGCUUUAAAGUUAGACAAUUGUUAAUAAAAAUCUCUUUUCUCUCUUC